AUGUCCGCAAUUUCCGAUCAAGAGAGUUUCGAUUCAAGAAAGUCUUUAGCAAACGAUCAGCAUACACCAACGAGAACUCCUAGUGCAAAUGUGUCUCCAAAAGCAUGCUGGAAAUACUUGAGAACGAGAUUAUCCACUCUUCUUGCCAUUCCUGCUAAAGCUAAGAAUAAGAAAAACAAAACUUUGAAUCCUUAUGAAGCAAUUAAAGCAAUGAAUAGACACCAGUGGAAUCUAUUUUCCCAUGGGUUCCUAGCGUGGACGGUGGAUUCUAUGGAUUUCUUCUGUGUUUCCGUCUGUGUCAGUGACAUUGCCAAGGAUUUGAAUACAGGAGUUCAGAAUAUCACUUGGGGAAUCACAUUGGUGUUAAUGUUGAGAUCAAUCGGGGCAGUUAUAUUUGGAUAUUGUGGUGAUCGUUGGGGAAGAAAGUGGCCUCUCUGUGUGUGCUAUUUUUUAUUUGUGGUCUUAGAAAUUGGAACAGGAUUCGUGACUAACUUGUCCCAAUUUUUGGCCAUUCGUUCUUUGUUUGGUAUUGCCAUGGGUGGCUGCUAUGGUCUAGCGGCCGCUACAGCAUUGGAAGAUGCUCCUCAAGUGUCACGUGGUUUCCUCAGUGGCAUCUUCCUUCCCGGUUACUCUCUUGGAUAUGUUCUUGCUACAGCUUUCUUCCGAGCAUUUGAGACAACCAGUUUCACUUGGAAAGCUCUCUUUUGGUUUUCUGCUGGUCCACCUUUCCUUUUACUACUCUGGAGAUUAACUUUUGGGGAGCUUGAUUAUUUCAAGGAAAUGCAGGAGGCUAAAAGAUCGCACAAUUUAAGGGUCAAACAGGUCAAAGAAAGCAGAGAAUUAGGAGAGCAAACCGCCAAUGAUGAUGAGGGUCUUACUGAAAUCACCUUUUCUUCAGAAUUAAAAGAGACUUUUAGAACUGAAUGGCCUCUCAUGAUCUAUUUAGUGCUUAUGCUUUCAGGUACAAACUUUAUGUCCCAUGGAUCACAGGAUCUAUUCCCAACUAUGUUGAAGAAACAAGCAAUGUUGAGCAGAAAUGCUCUUACUAUCACAAACGUGGUUGUUAAUUUGGGGGGUUGUGUGGGUGGUCUUUUCUGGGGUCAAAUAUCUGAGUUCUUAGGUCGUAGAAUGACCGUUCUGUGUUGUGCCAUUUGGGGAGGUGCCUUCUUGUAUCCAACAUUCUUCAAACAUACAGAACAAUACAUUAUUCCUUGCGGUUUUCUCUUACAAUUCGCUGUUAUGGGCGCCUGGGGUGUUAUUCCCGUUCAUUUAACAGAGCUCACGUCAAGAAGUGCCUUAAGAACCAUGAUCUCUGGUACUGCAUAUCAGCUUGGUAAUUUGGCUUCUUCUGCAUCUUCUACCAUCGAGGCAAAAAUAGGUGCACAAUUUCCACUACCAAGUCUUGGUCCUGACGCCUACGAUUACGGUAAGGUAAUGUGCAUAUUCAUGGGAUGUGUCUUUGGAUACUUGUUGAUAAUUAUGUUCUUUGGUCCGGAGAGGUUCCAUACAUCCAUUAAAACGGAAUUCAUGUUGGAAGAGGAGGACGUAGACAGCGGCUAUGAAAUUGACAGAAUUCUCUCUCCAGUUCCAAGACCCCAGUUCGAUGAGAAGAUAUGGGUCACACAUACUGAGAGAAAGUAG